UCCACUCAUUAGUACAGCCUACAUACGUGCCCUAGUGAAUAGUGAUGCAGCUUACGACUCGCCUACAUCACCUAGAAAUGGACCUGUUACCUUGGGCGCUCACCGCGUUGCUUACUCUACUCGUAGUUCUUUUGAUUACACCUUUCUAUUCCCUAGUGACCACGGGCAACAAAAGAAUUCUGAACAAAAAGUUACCUCCACUGGCAGCCGGAGGAUGGCCUAUAUUGGGUCACCUGCGUUUGCUUUCCGGGCCUGAGCUACCUCACAUAAUCCUGUCAAAUAUGGCAGACAAAUACGGCUCAAUUUUCAGCAUUCGUUUAGGCGUACACAACGCACUGAUCGUGAGCAGUUUGGAAAUAGCAAAAGAAUGCUUCGCCACCAACGAUAUGAGCUUCUGCAAUCGCCCGAGAACCGCAGUGAUUCAACACAUGAGCUACAAUUUCUCUAUGUUCGGGCUUGGAGAAUACGGCCCCUACUGGCGGGAGCUCCGCAAGAUUUCCGUACAAAAGCUGUUGUCCAACCGCAAGAUUGAAAUGCUUGGACAUUUAUACGUAACAGAAAUCAGGGCCCUGAUGAGAUCGUUGUAUAACUCAUGUGUCGACAACGGCGAUCGGGAGGUGUUGGAGAUGAGGAAAGUGUUCGGGGACCUGAGCUUGAGCGUGAUGGUGAGAGUAGUUGCGGGCGACGUCGUGGAGAGUGAGAAUGAGGAGUUUGGGGGAAACGAAAAAUGGCAUGAGGUGAUAACGGAGUUCUUGAGUGCGAUGGGGGUUCUGACUCUGCCUGAUGUGCUCCCGUAUCUGAAGUGGCUGGAUUGCUUUGGAGGAAUAAACAAGGCGAAGGAGACGGGGAAAGAGAUGGAUAGAUUACUACAAGGGUGGUUGAAGGAGCACAAGAAACACAGCAGAAGUUGUGAAAGAGAUGGAAGCUUCAUGGCGGAGAUGAUGCGUGUUGCUGAUGAGGUGGCUCGGGAGUUCCCUGAUUAUGAUGCUGAUACGAUAACCAAGGCUACUUGCCAGCCAAUGAUGGUAGGAGGAAGCGGUACGGUGGCAGUAACUCUCAUAUGGGUAUUGUGUUUACUACUUAACAAUCAGCACAUCCUUAAAAAGGCUCAAGAAGAACUAGACGAGCACAUCGGCAAAGAAAGACUAGUAAAGGAAUCAGACAUUGGAAAACUAGUCUAUAUCCGAGCCAUAAUCAAGGAGACACUGCGGCUCCAACCACCAUCGCCGCUAUUGCCACCGCGAGAGUCGGUGGAGGACUGCAUCGUGGCCGGCUACCACAUCCCAGCUGGCACACGUCUUAUUGUGAAUGCAUGGAAACUCCACCAUGACCCUCGUGUUUGGACUGAUCCACUAGAAUUCCGACCUGAAAGGUUUUUAGCCGAACAUAAAGAGGUCGACGUUCGAGGAAAGCAGUUUGAAUUGCUCCCUUUUGGUGGCGGCAGAAGGAUCUGCCCUGGAAUUUCUUUCAGCCUUGGGUUGAUGGAGCUUGCACUUGCUAAUUUCUUGCAUGGGUUUGACAUUGAAAAGCUUUCGGAUGGAAUGGUUGAUAUGACAAGUAGUUUCGGUGCUACUAAUAUGAAAGCCACCCCACUUGAAGUUCUUCUCAAGCCAAGAUUGUCUCCUAGUCUUUAUGUUUGAUCCAUCCAUUUGAAGAAGCUCGUACAAUGUUGGACGCACAUUGUGCGUUAUAAGUUUAUUGUCUACAGGAUAAUAAAGUAUUUGUUAGUUCAAAUGCUAUGUUGUUUGGUUUCAUUUUGAAUUCUAUGUUAUCAAAUUAUGAUAUCAUAUUUGA